ACCGACGUAACAUCGUGUAAGUACUUAUAAUGUAUCCCAAUUGAUUCUUAGUUGAGUUUUCAAAAAUAUUUGUGUAAUGGCAAUAUCUGCACAAAAAUCGUUUUCUUUCUUAGCCGUUUUAGGGCAAUGUUUGCUCAUUUUUCCAAUCGAUGGUGUUAAGGGUAAAAAUUAUUCGUUCGUGCGCUUCUCAUGGUCCUCCAUUAGGACGAUUGCUUCAGUAUCCUUCACGUUUAUGACUGGUGUUUUUGUACUGUUAUUUUUCAACUAUUUAGUGCAUCAACAAGAUAAAUUCGUAUAUUCAUCUGGCUUUGUUUAUCUCCUUACAGUGUUUUUGUAUGAGGUGUAUUUUAUAAAUAUUGCCAAAACAUGGAAAUAUUUUCUGAAACAAUGGGCCGAAGUAGAUUCCAAUAUGCAAGCAUAUCCUAUAGUGGAAAAUUACCAAAAGAAAAUGAAAAUAGUAGCUACACUAUUUAUUGUUUUUGGCGUAGGUGAACAUAUAUUCUACAUGAUCUCUCAGAAACUAUUCAGACCAAAUAUGUCUUUUGAAGAAAGUCUGGAUUUAUAUUUUCAGGCCACCUUUAAUUACAUAUUUUUUGUCAUUCCUUACCACAGAUAUAUUGCAUAUGUAUUACAGAUUCUUAACUGGAUAUGUACACUCGUUUGGAGCUUUGCUGACAUAUAUUUAAUAGUAAUGAGUAUUCCUCUAAGUUUUCAUAUUCGCCAGAUAGAAAGAAAAUUGGCAAUGCUAAUACGUUAUCAGAUCAAAGAAGAAUAUCAAUGGCAAAAUAUUAGGGAACACUUUAUCAAAAUAUGCGAUGUUUGCGAAUGUACAGAGAAAUAUGUUACGCAUAUAUUAGUAAUUUCCUUUGGAAAUAAGUUGUUUGUAGUUAUAUAUCAACUUUUAGAAUUUAUAAAGAUUUACGAAAAUGGAAAAUAUUACAAUUCGGAUUCCAGUCUUGUUCAAAGAUUGUACUUUAUUUUAUCCUUUAUUAUAAUUUUAUCCAGAUUGGUUAUCGUAACUUGGUUUGCAGCCUCCAUUGAUUCUGAAAGCCAAGAAGUAACUAAAAGACUAUUUUCAGUGCCGAGUGAUAUUUAUAAUGUAGAGGUGGAUCGAUUUGUAUUGAACAUGACUGUUAGUCCUCCAGCAUUGAGCGGUCUUAAAAUGUUUAAAGUGACGAAAUCGCUAAUUUUAAAGAUAGCCACAUCUGUAAUUGUAUACGAACUGGUUGUUAUUAAGUUCCAAAACUAUAAAAAAGGCUAAGUUAACCGUACCAUAAACUAUUAAACUAUUUUUAAACUAUAAAAUAAAUUAUAUUAAAUAAAG